AUGCCUUCUGCGACCCAUGGUUCAUUUAUUUGGCAAUUAGGAGCCAACAUAUGCGACAAUCUCCGGGAUCUCGGUCGUGAGAACGAACAAGUUUGUGAUUUCACCAACAGCAUUAGCAACGUCUUGUCCUCCAAUCUCUUUCUACGUGACUAUGACAGCACCCAAGGUUCAACGGGAAAAGUAGAAGCUCUACGCAUGUCUGAUACGCAAUUUCAGCAUGAGAGCGCCACAUACCCAGGUGUAAUUGUCGAGGUUGCGCUGACGCAAGAUGCAAAGAGAUUGGCCAGAAUUGCCAAGGACUACAUCUAUCUUACAGAGGAAGCGAUUCAAGUUGUCAUUUGCAUUAAUCUUAAUUCGGAUAACGACUCUACGAUUUCCGUCUGGGAGGCUACCUAUGCUCCCCUCCCAGACACUGAUCAGCUCGAGCUCUUCUAUGAAGAAGUCGUCAAACGCGAGGGCGCCCUCACACUCUAUCUCUACGACUUUGCGCUCGAGGAGUUCCAUCAAGGCAUACCCAACCUCUCUUUCUCAAUCCCAUACUCCAGAGUGGCUGAGAUGUUGAACCGCGCCGAGAUGAUACAAUUGAACCGAAAUGCCGCAGCAGAGAAUGAACCCGUCUCCCGUGGUGCUAAAGGGCGAGCGCGUUCGCCAGAGUCCAAGCCGGAGGCGAUGCCUGGUGAAGAUAAAUUGUGA